AUGUCCUCGCAACUUCUUGAAGUUGGGACUGGGGAGACUGUUGGAGAUGUAGGACGUGUUUCGCAACGCUCCGCUCAUCGUAGAUUUGUUUGGUCGUCUAUGGAAGUUUCCAGUGUUUAUAUAACCCCAAAAACAAAAUCGAGAAAUCUAGCCACAUCUAGCAGUUCAGAAGAAUUGUCACCCGAAGGAAAAAAGUUGAGACAUUCGUACUCUCCUGACUCGAAGAUCUCAGAUGACGAAGACCAAGUAAUGGCGGCUCUGAAUCUCACAGAAGGUGUUACAAAGAAACUGGACCUAAUUUUAGAAAGGCUCAGCAAACUAGACUCGAAGAUGGAGGAAUUGAACAAAACUGUCAAAGGUUUACAAGGCAAAGUUUCCUCUCUCGAAAUAGAUGUUGUUUCAAUUAAAGAUAAGCAGAAGAGUCUUGAUCAAAAAUUCACACAUGUAGAGAGCAAUUCCAAAUUUGUAGACAGCAACAUUAAAGAGCUUCAGGAGAUGGUGGAAGAAAGAAAAGAUGAAAUUAGUGCCUGUCGUAAACAAAUUCUGUAUCUCGAAGCGUACAGCCGCAGAGAGAAUUUAAAGUUCGAAGGAAUUCCUGAAUUACCAAAAUCGUCCGGUCAACAGAAUGCAACAUCGAAGGAGGACACGAAAGAAGUCUUAGCUAACUUUAUGGAAAAUGUCCUUGGGAUUGAAGACGCCAAGGAUAUGGAACUCCAGCGAGUACAUAGGAUUGGCAAACCGAAGAGCGAAAAUGGAAAUGGCAGCCGAACCAUCAUAGCUCGUUUUCUGAGAUUCUCGGACAGGGAACGUGUUUUUAAAUGCGGCCACAAGCUUAAAGAUACUGGUUACAAGAUGUACGAAGAUUUUCCAAAAGAACUACAUGAUUUGAGAAAAGCCCAAAUGAACAAAUUAAAGAAGGCUAGACAAGAGGGCAAGCGUGCAAAUUUUAGCAAAUCUGAGCCCGACAAACUGUAUAUCGAUGGCAAAUAUGUUAAAAUGUAAAACUGUUUGUAGUACGAUGUUUGAUUGCAUAAUUAAUGCGUGUUAGUGUAUUCUUACGGGGAGUCUUUUUUUUUUCUUUUAUCCAAAUUAACAAUUCAUAGAUGCGUUUUCCAUUAGUAUUUUUUUUAUAAUUACGGUGAAGGAGCUAAAGUUCGAAGACUACGGAGGGUGUCGUCGAUGGAUAUGGUUUCAGAACGGUUUAUUCUGGAAUAUGAGGUAAGGGAUUCAAUUUUCUUUCUCUCUAUGAUUCUGUGUGUGCUUUGUGUAAAAUGCGGUAGAGUUUUUCAUUCGUUGUCCAAAGAUUAUUCGUUAUUUUGUCUUUUAUUUAGCGUAAGGUUUGGCGUUUGUUUUUUUGUGGUGUACAAUAAAGGUAUGUUGUUCGCCUUUGUAAAUGAACACAGUAGCCCGGUGAAGCACAACUCAUUCAUCAACACAUUAUUUCUUACGUUCGCACUAGUUGGUAUUAUGCAGUUCAGCUUGUUGGUCAUUGAAUUCUUCUACAAUCUCGCUGGUAUUUGCGAUUUCUUGAUAUUAGAUAUUAUUAAGAGAUGGGUGUUGAUACAUGUAAGCUAGUCUCGUUAAAUGUAAGGGGCAUUAGCAAUUUUCUGAAAAGAAGAAUGAUUUUUACGUGGUGUCGAAAGCAAAAGACAGAUUUCUUUUUUUUACAAGAAACCCACUCAAAAAGUGACACAGAAACACAGUGGAAAAAUGAAUGGGGAGGCGAGAUCAUCCUGUCGCAUGGAAGCCCAAAUUCAUGUGGAGUGGCAAUUCUGCUUAAGAAAGGUGUUGAUUGUGUUAUUCACUCCAAAAUCCUGGACUCCCAGGGACGCUAUAUAAUUCUAAAAGCGGAAAUUAAAGAC